GUCAUCUGUCAAGACUGUCAAGAGGCUACCUGUGUGUUUGUGUCAGCACACUUGACAGCCGUGAGUAGGAGUAAUGCCGGCGGGGGAAAAACAAUUACUACACACCUACCAGCCACUAUUUCAGCUUACACAAGCGGGAAACAAGCUGCUAAAAGAACCGUGGCGCUCUUACAGCCACAGUACUGACCAUCAUAAGGGCACACACACCUCUGCUGAUGCUAUGUCAGUCAUCAUGGGAACUCGAGAGAGGAAAAGACCACAUGUACCUGAGGACCUGUCUGUGGAGGAAAGAGAUGAGCUGUCGAACAUACGACGCAGGAAAAAAGAGCUUCUGGAUGAUAUUGAACGGCUGAAGUUUGAGAUUGCAGAGGUAAUGACUGAGAUCGAGCAGCUAACAUGUGUGGGAGAGAGUAAAACCACGCAAAGAAACAAACAGAUCGCCAUGGGGAGGAAGAAGUUCAACAUGGACCCUAAAAAGGGGAUUCAGUUUCUCUUGGAGAACGAUCUUCUCCAGAACACUCCAGAGGACAUUGCACAGUUCCUCUACAAAGGCGAAGGGCUUAACAAAACAGUCAUCGGGGACUACUUAGGAGAACGGGAUGAUUUUAACAUUAAGGUCCUUCAGGCGUUUGUGGAGCUUCAUGAGUUUGCAGACCUCAACCUUGUACAAGCCUUAAGGCAGUUUCUGUGGAGCUUCAGACUUCCUGGCGAAGCCCAGAAAAUUGAUCGUAUGAUGGAGGCGUUUGCCUCCAGGUACUGCCAAUGCAAUCCCGGCGUCUUCCAGUCCACAGACACCUGCUACGUCCUAUCAUUUGCCAUCAUCAUGCUGAACACAAGCCUGCACAACCCCAACGUCAGAGACAAGCCCCCCGUGGAGCGCUUCAUCUCCAUGAACAGAGGGAUCAAUGAGGGGGGAGACCUCCCAGAGGAGCUACUCAGGAAUCUGUACGAUAGCAUCAAGAGCGAACCCUUCAAGAUCCCAGAGGAUGACGGGAACGACCUGACGCACACGUUCUUUAACCCAGACAGAGAGGGCUGGCUGCUUAAAUUAGGAGGCCGAGUGAAAACAUGGAAGAGACGGUGGUUCAUCCUGACCGACAACUGCCUCUACUACUUUGAAUACACAACAGACAAGGAGCCUCGUGGGAUUAUCCCACUGGAGAAUCUUAGCAUCAGGGAGGUGGAGGAGCCCAGGAAACCCAACUGUUUUGAGCUCUAUAACCCCAACCACAAGGGCCAGGUGAUCAAAGCCUGCAAGACGGAGGCAGACGGGCGUGUUGUUGAGGGAAACCACGUGGUGUACAGGAUAUCAGCGCCCACGCCGGAGGAGAAAGAGGAGUGGAUUAAAUCCAUCAAGGCCAGCAUCAGCAGAGAUCCUUUCUACGACAUGUUGGCCACCAGGAAGAGACGCAUCGCCAACAAGAAAUGAAGAGGGACAAUCUUCUCCAAUCUCCACCAUCUCCAUCUCCAUCUCUUUCUCUCCCUUUUUCCGUUCAUGAACAGAUAAACGACACUGCAAGAAACCCUGAAGACAAACCUCAGUUUCUCCCCCCUGGACUGUCUGCAAGUCACGUGAACUUGCUGGGGAGACAUAAAACACUACUGAGGGGACAGCAGAGCUCCAGAAAAAUCAGAUAUAUGGAUUUGAUUCAUACAUGGAGCAUCCAACCAGUCAGUUUUUCUCUCCUCCAUCUCAUAGAGACCCCCCUACCUCCCCCUCUCAAGGUCAUAACUUGUUUCUAGCUCUCUCUAAAGCACAACUGCCAUGUUUCAGGUGCACAUGCAUGCAUGUGAGUUAUUAUAGACCAAUAUGUUUGUGUCCGUGUGUGCGUGUGCGUGUAUGUAGUAGUGUGCAUGCUAUCAAUGCACACAGCAUCUACAGUAUGGGUGCAUAAGUCAUAUAAAUGUUCCUCCACUGUGCUUUAUCAAGAAGUUGUAAUUCAAAGUCAGAGUUCAGACGUGUGGUCCGACUACAGACGUCGUCAUCUCACUCUGGUGCUGAGUUCUCCACUACUACAGGUGCCAUGGCUGAAGCCCUGUUCAGAGUAACCUCAGAAAACAGCGCUGGCUUACAUUUAAGGUUCCUAACAAAGCAUUACAGUCUUGAGUCAGCUGGGCUGAUUUCAUUUUAUUUGUGAGGAGCAGAGAAUUUUUGAAAUGUGCAUACUUUUUUAUUUUUACGUUGAGUAGAAAAUGAGCUUUUUGCAGAGGCUUGAGAUGAAACUUGCUUUUUGGACUUAAAGU